UUUUUUUCUGAAAUAUAAAAUGUCACGAGGCAAAACAGGCGGAAAUAUGGAACCAAUGCCAUUUGUGCGGCGUUGGGGUGCUUCAGCAAAUGAUGACGAUGCGGAAGACCCAACACGAGUUCACCCAAAUGGAAGUGAAUCUACAAGUGAUGUUUCUCCGCCUAAAAAGCAUCGACAUCGUGAUCGUUCACGAUCCCCGAAAAGAGACAAGCGACGUUCUCGUUCUCCUGAUAAAAAGAGACAUAAGAAACGUUCAAGGUCGCGUGAGGGACGAAGCAAGAGGCGCCGAUCUCGUAGUCGUGAUGAUGGUAGAGAUAGAGGUGUGUUUUUAUACUUUUUCUUAAAACGUUUUUUUAAUUGCUUAUGCGUGUCAUUCAUUGGAAAUAUUACUUAUUUUCAUAUUCUAGAUGAUCGGUCACGUGACGAUGGUUUAUCAGCUUUUCCUCCCCCUCCAGAUUAUCUCCAACAAGUUCAGCAACGUCAACAACAGAUAGAAAUGCAAAUCAUGCAGCAGCAGAUGCAACAAUCAAUGAAGCAAGAGGUUUCUGAUUAUGGCCAAGCUUGGCAGGAGGAGCAACAAAAACAGUCGGCAGGAGGUGAUGCCCUUUCGGCGGCGCUUGCAGCAGCGGCAAUGGUGGCUCAGAAAUUGAAAAAGACUCACGGAGCUCCCGUAUCUACCGAAUUGAUUGCUAAAAUACCUCCUAAGCAGACUGGAUAUGCUGAUACGGUUCUUUCUAAAGACCAGUUUGAUGGUAAAAAAGCAGGACAAACAGAAAGUGAUGAACAAAGAGAGAAACGACGUAAAUCGCGUUGGAGCAACACAAAAGCUUUUGUACCGGGAAUGCCGACUAUUUUACCUGCUGACAUCGAUGAUAACCAACGACAGAUUUAUUUGCUUCAAAUGGAUGUUGAAGAAACAACGCGUCGAUUACGGCAAUGUGACUUUGGUCAAAAUUUGGAUCCGUCAGAGAGGAGUCCAUCGCCAGAACCUGUUUAUGACAUAACUGGAAAAAGAUUAAAUACAAGAGAAAUACGUAAACGACAGGAACUUGAACUGCGGCGGCAUGAGAAAAUCCAAGCAAUUUUGAGGUUAAAUCCUAACUACAAGCCACCAACGGAUUACCGUCCGCCAACUAUAAAACUUCACGAUAAAGUAUGGAUUCCACAGGAAGAACACCCUGAAAUUAAUUUUGUUGGCCUUCUAAUUGGUCCACGUGGAAAUACAUUAAAGGCUUUGGAAGCUGAGACCGGCGCCAAAAUAAUUAUCAGAGGAAAGGGUUCUAUAAAAGAAGGUAAACUUGGUACAAGGCCAGGGCCUUUGCCUGGCGAGAACGAGCCUCUACAUGCAUAUAUUACUGCAACCGAUAAUGAAGCUAUUAAACGAGGAUGUGAUAAAAUUAGAGAAAUAGUUAAUGCAGCAUUGAUGAUUCCGGAUGGACAGAAUGAACUACGCAAACUACAACUUCGUGAAUUGGCACUAUUGAAUGGAACUCUUAGACCUGAAGAUGUGUUAAGUGGUGCUCGUUGUAGUAAUUGUGGCAGUGAUCAACAUAAAACUUGGGAAUGUAUGGAAGCUCAAAAUAUUACAGCUAGUAUUGUUUGUACUGCCUGUGGUGGUGCUGGGCACAUUGCUAAGGACUGCAAAAAUCCCAGAUCUGCGCUAGAUCCAGCGAUGAUUGAUUCGGAGGUUUAA